GAAGGAGGGAAGGGGGUUUUGAUUCCGCAAGCUUUUUUUGCUGCAAUGGCAGGUAACUGUAAUAAAUACUAACUCUCUGCAGAUUUUUGCAAUCUGUAGAUCCAUGGUUUUUUCUUCGCCGUGAUGGAGUUGAUGCUUGCUCAGGCGGGCAGUCGGAGAGGGAAGACAAGGUUUCGCUCGAACUUACUGAAGAGAUCCUUCAGAGCAUGGAAGUCGGAAUUACCUUUCGCGAUUAUAAUGGAAGAAUCAGUUCAUUGGAUUUUCACAAGACGUCACCUUACUUGGUCACUGCAAGUGACGAUGAAUCAAUUCGUCUGUAUGAUGUCACUACUGCUACGUGUUUAAAGACAAUUAAUAGCAAAAAGUAUGGUGUUGAUCUGGUCAGCUUUACUUCCCAUCCAACAACUGUAAUAUAUUCUUCAAAGAAUGGGUGGGACGAAUCUUUGCGGCUUCUCUCACUGCACGAUAACAAAUAUUUGCGGUAUUUCAAGGGGCAUCACGACAGGGUUGUCUCGCUGAGCAUGUGUUCCAGAAAGGAAUGCUUUAUUUCUGGAUCUCUUGAUCGAACUGUAAUGUUAUGGGACCAAAGAGCCGAAAGAUGCCAGGGCCUUCUACGUACACAAGGAAGACCAGCUACGGCUUAUGAUGAGCAAGGGCUUGUUUUUGCUAUUGCUUUUGGAGGAUACAUAAGAAUGUUUGAUGCACGCAAGUAUGAAAAGGCUAGUAAAUUAAUGGAAAAGGAUUGAAAUUAUCCAGUAUAUCCUCUUUUUUUGCCACUAAAACUGAAAUCAUUAAAGUUUCAUUCUUGAAGGGGCCAUUUGAAAUAUUUUCAGUUGGUGGAGACGUAUCAGAUGCUAAUGUUGUCAAGUUCAGCACUGAUGGAAGGCUUAUGCUUUUGACUACUUCAGAUGGAAAAAUCCAUGUCCUUGAUUCGUUCCGUGGCACACUGUUGUCAACAUAUAAUGUGAAGCCCGUUUUAUCGGAUUUAACUUUGGAGGCAUCUUUUAGCCCUGAAGGAAUGUUUGUCAUGUCAGGUUCAGGGGAUGGCAGUGUAUAUGCUUGGAGUGUCCGGAGUGGCAAAGAGGUUGCAUGUUGGAUGAGUACAGACGUCGAACCUCCAUGUAUAAAAUGGGCCCCGGGAAGCUUGAUGUACGCAACCGGUUCUUCUGAGCUAUCGUUUUGGGUUCCGGACUUGUCCAAAUUGUCCGCUUAUGUGGGAAGGAAAUAAACAGAGCCACAAAGGUAUUGUUAUGUUGUUCUUUUCAGAGCCUAAGGGCCUGUUUGGGUGGAAAUACUUGCAGUUAAGCUCAUGUACUUUGUUUAUUGUAUAUUUUGAUUUUAGAAUACUUGUCCCUACCAAUUUAUUGUCUAUUUUUCUUGGUUAAAGUUCACAAGUUCUUAUUGAGUUUUGCGAGCAAUUUGUGCUCGAUAUUUUUCAACGUGUUACAUUCAAAAAAAAGUUUCGCAACAAAUUGUCACUUUGUUUCAUCUGAGAAAUUGGCCGAAAAAGCAUAAUGGAAGCUCUUUGGAACUCGAGGCCAAAAUUUUGAAUUGAGUUUAAUGCGGUAUAGUUGACUAUUUUUAGGGGUUCUACUCGACCCAUUGGAUAAUCGAACCACUUGACUCGAUCUAAUGGAUGAGAACUUGAAAUAAAAGGACGAUGAGCGGAUGAUGAACGAAUUGA